CUCCAACCAAUCCACCAACGAAGAUCCAAGUUAGCAAAGACGUGUCUGCCUGCUCUCACGGCAUCCUUAUCCUUCCCGUAUCCUACAGACCUUGCUUUAUCAUCCUGGUUCACUCACGGGGCUCCACUCUUGUCACCACCCUCCCGGACGCCUGUCGACGCGUCAAUUCACCCCUUCACCACACCUCUGAAGGAUAGUGAACCAACAUGACGACUCCUAAACCCCCUACAACGCGUCAGAUGAAGGUCAAAAUCCUGUAUACGUUCGACACCACACAUGACCAUCCAUUCCUUGCAAGGUCGUCAACACCUAUAUCCAUCCGUCUUCUCAACGACACGCCAGGGCGUACAUUGGAUACGCCGCUGGUUGGUCUCGUUGAUCUUCGAACGUGUAUCUCGGCAGUCUGCUCCGCGUCGCCAGAACUUAUCGCCAAUGGACCGAAUGCUGCUGACUACACCGUCUACACAACCGACUACACGGAAAUGGAUGCACCAUUCCUUGGACAGGGGAUGCUUUCGUGGAUUUUGGGAAGUCCUGAGGCUGCUGAGAGACAUUACGUUACUGGACGCGUGAUCGGUGCUGGACCUAUUUACGGUGCAGGAGAGGUGUUGGAGGUCAAGUUGAAACUGUACAAGGUCGCUGGGGCCACGCAAGGUGAGUUCCUGACGGCUAUGAGGACGUAUGACGCGAUAAGCAAGGCAUUACCAAAGAGCUUUGACGUGCAGGCGUGGACGGCAUCGUUAAAGGGGCUCGCGGUGGAUGUUCAGACACAACUCCGACAACUUGCGGAAAUGACGCCUCCGGCUGAGGAGUUUGCACCGACGAAACGUUCGCUGUCGCGGGCUUCAUCAACGGCUGGAGGACGUAAAGCGUCUUUAUUGGCAAGUGGAAAACGCGUCGCACCGCAACAAGUGCACGAACGCUCGGUUGCUGCUUCCUCACCGGCAGCAUCGUCGCCUUCUUUUACGCCCGUAUUACCGAACGCACACCCUAUGUUGGGUUCCUCGCCUCCGCCGAUGCCCGGAAUGCCCCUUUCCACUAGCAACCUCAGCGACUGGCAAACCCAACGCGGCGCCUCCUCCCCUAUCCUUCCCAGCAUGCCCAUGGCCCCUCCCGCCUCCGCCAGCGCCUCAAUGGUCAGGAAAGCUUCUAUGCAUAGCGUUGCCGGAAGUACGAGUGGCCGCAAGGUCACCAUGAAGAUGGAUCCGGCAAAAGGUCAUGCCGUGGUCGUCAUCACUGGCGAGGACGACCAGGAGGAGCAGUCAAGGAAACGCGGACCCAGUGGGCCGAUGUCUGAGCCUGCUCCUGUCACGAAGAAGAGGAAGAAGGAGACUGCGCCCAGGAAGAAGGAUAUGCGUGGCCGGGACCGGGUACAGGCGAAUAACGCUGCGCGUCUCGCUGCAGUCCAGGCUGGAAACCCCACGUUUAUGGGACCUGGACAGACGCAAACGACACUUAGUGGCAAGAUUUGUCAGCAUUGUGGAACGAAUCAGACUGCUGCGUGGAGGAAAGUCAAUUGUGCGUUCGAGGCUUUGGAGGAAAGUCAGAGGUUUAACAACGAUGGAAAGGAUCGGAGGGAGAUGUUGUUGUGUAAUCCGUGUGGCGUGUUCUAUACCACCCGGAAACGCAUGCGACCGGAAGAGUUGUGGGAUCGGCCGAAGGGUACGGCUUCGGCGGAGAGUAAGGCGAGGAGACCGAAGGCGGCGAAGAAAGCCCCGAAGGAUUCGUUGAAGAGGAGUAUGUCUUCGCCUCCUAGACCCCUGGGUGCGACGGAUGGUGUCUUUGGCAACGAUGAUUUGGGGUUGACCACGGUUGAGGAGGAUAGAAUGAGCUCUACGGGCCGCGAAGCAUUGUCUGAUAUCGGAAUCGGUAAUGCGCCGAUUGAUAUGGGCGAGUGGCUUAACAUGUCACCCAUGAAGUUCUCACCAGCAAAGGGGAAGGAGAACCGUCCCUCUACGCCAGAGGCUUCGGCGAGACGGAAUAUUGACGAUUUCUUGAAGACGCCGACAAGGAGUACUGGGAGUUUCCAGAGUCCGACUGUUGCGCCGACGCCGAGUCCGUGGAAGAGCAGUAUCUUCAACCUGCUGGACAGCAAGGAAGCUCCGCCCAAGCCCUUGGGCUUCGAAAUCGUCGGUGGAGUGGAGAUGACGCCCCGUUCCAAGGCUGCUCUCGGAAACAUGCUCUCGCAAGCGGGUAUGGAAGACAUGAUUCCUCAACCCAAUUUCGGAGCGGGAACGGGUACGAGUCCGCAGACAGAUAUCCUGCCGAGUUCGCCGCCGCCGGGGUUAUUUUGUGAUGAUGAUGGUACGACUGCGUUGACAAGCUGGGGUGAAGGAAGCGAGGUUGACACGCCGUGCAACACUGCUGCAGCGGCUAAUGCUGGAAAGGUGCAGACCGUGGAUGGGUUGAAUAGAAUGCAGGUCAACUUUGAUGAUUUCUUCGGUGGACAGGGUGAGCUUGGUCUUGCGUGAUUGCGAUUAGGAGACUGGGUUUUGAGUUGUACUGAUAUGGUAGCGAUAUAUCGAUAAGUAUGGUGAUAGCAUUUUGUUUAGUUUUGCUUUGGAUAUGGCGUUUUAUUGGGGAUACCUGGUUAUAUUUGGACCGUGAUAGAUGAGGUUUCACUAGCAUACGAGAGCUUAGGGUCUCGACACAAUACAAAUGGAU